AUGGAGCAGAUGAGAGUUGUCUUCAUCUUCAUGUGUAAGUCUUUGUUUAAAUGCACUUCUUGUUUUAAUUGAUCAUUUGAGCUGAAAUCUUAUUUUUGUGUAACAGGGAUUCACAUUUGUCUGAAAACACUUUAUUUCACGGAAAGCAAACGGGGGUUGCACGGGUUUGGUCGUCCCUCUGGCUGUUAGGGUUUGCUGGGUUUUGCUACAUCCAGAAAAAUGAAGGUUUUUACUGUUGAAAAUUAAAAGUGGAUGAUGUUUUCGAUCUUUUUAAUGGUUCUACUUUUCAUCUGAGGCAGUCCUCUGAAAAAACACCUUUAGAGAAGGUUAACCAACUUUGUUAUACUGAAUACAAUUCUAAGAAUCGUAUGGAUCAACAGCUUUAAAUGUAAAAGCAAAAUAAUAGACUGAGUGCAAAGAUUUGAGGGUGGAGGAGCACAUCCAUAGAUAAUAUCACCAUAAUCUAGAACUGAAGAAAACAAGUAGGAAUAAAGUUGGAUCCGUUUUUAUUGAAAACUUAGUUUCUGCCAAAGUUUGCUGAUGAGUUUUUCAAUAUGAGCUUUAAAUGUAAAAUCAUCAAGUCAGGUACCAUGAUAUUUUAAUGCUGGGGCGGGACCCUUUCAAUAUUUUUACCAUCUAGUGUUAUUUAAACCUUUACAUUUUUUUUUUCACAUUUAGAGCUGAAAUGCUUUGAGGAAAACCUUUAUCUUUACAAGGAGCUUGACUGAAUUUUCAUGGAAAAAAAUCUAUAAAAAAAAACUUCAUGAUCUCAUUCAUGGAAUUUCAGAAAGCAAUUCUUAAUCUGGAUAAAGGAUUCCAGGAAGGUUGGAUCUGGAUCAACACUUUAAUAUAGAAAUUAAGUAAAUUUUUCCGUCAGUGGCCAGAAACAUCCUCUAAACUUUGCUCACUAAGAGAGUCAAAACAGACCCUUUAAUUUAAGUCUGUUUAUAUGAUGCAUAUGCAGCAAACUAAACACGGCCUGUCCCUGUUUAGCUUCACAGAAGAUCAGGGUCUUGGUUCUGCUGCAGCUUGACAGAAAGAACGGUUCAACAGAAACAAUUUCUAAGAACAAGUGUGUGAAAAACGUUCACACCUAGUUGGUGGUCACCUUCAUUUCACAGGUUUCUUAAUGUAGAUAUUAACACCUAGAUGUGAACCGACGGCUGCAGUUUUGGAGACCUUUUUUUAAGACAGUGCUACAGCAGUAAAAUCUAAAAAUAUGUGCAUGCAAAGCUUUUAACUUCAGUUUGUGGUGGCCUUUUCUACAUGCAUCUCAAUGCAACUAUUAAGAAUUUUCUGAUGUUAAUUGCAUGAACCUGCAAUGAAUAUUUCAAGAAUUUUAAGACUUUUUUUUACUUAAUAUUGGAGCUUUUAUGCUCUUCUGUAUUUUGUCUUCGAAUUCAAUAUGCAAUUUAUUCAGAAAACCUCAAAAAUUUGGUGAUCAUAGGGUAAAAAUGUUUAUAAACCAUUUGGUAGUUAGAUUAAAGGCAUGUGCAUCACGUUGUAUGACUAAAUUUCUGAAAGGCCAUGCAUCUAUACAUUUACAUUUUCUCAAUUUUCCUAUAAUAAUGAGCUAUUUGAAGAUGGUUUCUCCAGAUAAUUGAUCUCCAGGGUUACUUAAAGCAAACGCGAAAUAGGAUUAACAGGUGUGUCGAUGGCAAACUGUAGUUUUGAGCUUUUAUAUUGACAAAAUAUGAGUGUCAUGUGAGAUAAAAGCAAUGAAAUAAAUAGAUACAUGAUUCUGGAGUUUGAUGAUUAUUUUAGUCUGCUUUUACUGUUUUUCUCCUCUGUAAAUAUUAGGGCUGUAACCAACCAAGGAAAUUCUCUGAAAACCCCUGAAAUUUUCGAACAAAAGUCGGGUAAUAAGGGGAUGGGGUGCGGCUCCCUCCCCCACGCACACACACACACACACACACACACACACACACACACAAAUAACAAACAAACAUUAUAUUCAGCAAACCACCGGAUGUUGAUUAAGGUGGACGCCCUUCAAUCUUCCUGUCUCCAGCUGGUCUCUAGUGGGUUGGGCAAAUCCAAUAUACAAGGGAGGUGUUCUGAGAGACCUGUGAAAUUAACCAUAGACUGUAAAUUGACACGGAAAAAAUUGAGUCGACCAAUCAGAAUUUUGAUUGACUCAGCCCGUAUCCACCAAUAAGUCGACCAGUCAGCUCGGACUUUACAGCCCUAAUUAAUAUAUAGUCAUGUUUCCAUGGUAACAUAUUGGUAUCUGCUUCCCUGCAGCAUAAAUAAACAUCAAACUGAACAUCUCUAUUCAAGGAUAAGUUAAGAACAUUAGCCUGUUUAUUUGUACUAACCAUUCCAAACUGAACACUUCCAUUAAAGGUAAGAUUAGAAAAUAAGGGACUCUUCCUCAUAGUCCACCGUUCUGUGAAGCUGAAUUAUAGAUCCUGACAUGUCAUAAAGACAAAGGAUGCUUUAAAGACGAGGUCACAUAGUGCAGGCCUGCAGAUUUAAUGAUGUAUAUAUGUUUUAAACUCUAAAUCAUUCAGCUCUUCUUCUUCUUCUUCUUCUUCUUCUUCUUCUUCUUCUUCUUCUUCUUCUUCUUCUUCUCAGAGCUUCACAGCUAAUUGGUGUUAUUUCCACCUCUCACAAAGCCUGAAACAAACACUUUUUACCACAGUAUCAACAGGCAGAGGGAAAAGUGCUGGACUUCUUCACACUAAUUGGUUUGGCACGUCUGAUGUGGUGAUGGCUGGCGUCACUUUUCUUGUUGUUGUGAUGAAUCAACAUUUUAGGGGGUUUUUGUUCCCAUCGGCUGUGUCCGAAAUAGAUCCCUAACCCCUUUAUAGGCGACUAUAUGGGGGUUAGCGCCAUUUUGAGGGGUGUCCAAAACCUGAGUGAUCAAUUCUAGUGCCCCAUAUAGGCGACUCAAAAUUUCCCAUAAAGCAUUGCAAAAUGUAGUGACCAUCCGAUGGUCACUCACCGGUGGUGGGCAUCCCGUCAUGCAUUGUGUCUUGCCAUGUAGUGUCCGAAACCUCCGGUGAUUGAGCUCACUACAAAGUCAGCUAUAUAGUGAAACCGCAUAUGGGGGUUAGGGGUUAGGGAUUGAGUGAUUCAUUUCGGACACAGCCUAGAAUUUAACAAAGCCUGGAAGUAAACAGGAAAGCUGAGCGAUGACAUCACAUCAGGAUCAUCAGGAUUUUCCCAGUGAAGGCAGAGCUCCUGUUUAGACUGCCUGAAGUAGUUAGAUUAGUCAUUAGUCUAGAAAAUAUGAUCAAAUCCUCUCUGUUGAGACGAGAUGCUAACUCAUGAUGACUUACAAUAAAGUAAAUUGUAUUGACAGAAUCUCGCUGCAUCUCUGUUGCUAUGGUCACACUGUUUUACAUGCUUAUGUAUAGAACAGUUCAUGUCAAAAACUCAAUGCAGAGACAAAGCAGGUGUCCAUAAUUAGAAAUUAAUAAACACGCUGCAGCCAAUCAGAACAGAGUAUUCACUGGACCUUAAUAUAACUGAAGAUUAUACCUCUGUUCGUCCAAAAGGAAAUGUGAUGUAAACUGUUUAUUCCUCUUUCCUUAUUGACUCUUUUCAUAUAAAUGAAUUAAAAAUAUCAUACAAACACUGUUGUCUUCAAAGCAGCAUUGUCCAGUUUUUUCCUGACUCAAAAUUUUACGUCCAGAUUUUUGGUAAUUUCACUGUAAAACUCAGUGGAAGUGCUGCAUCAGCUGCAUUUUUCUGUGUGUUGGGGUUAGGGGUGUGCACUUAUUCAGUCUUACCUCUGGAGAAUGGAUUAAAGAGAAUGAUCCCCUCCUUAAAUACAAUGUUUAUUCAGUUCAGACAGAUACUGUUAAAUCUGUAUUGACUGUUUGAUCUCUCUGUGUCACACAGUGAUGGUCUCAUCUGCUGCUGUGGAGGAGAAGAGUGAGCUGACUGGUGUUCAAGGAGAAUCUGUCACUUUUCCUGAUCCUGUGCUGCAGACUGGAUUUAUUAUCUUUGGAGGAAACCUUGCUAUGGUGGAUGACAGAAAAUUCAAGAUAUUAGAGGAAAUUUACAAAGAUAGACUUUCCUGGAACGACAUAACUGGACUCUUUACACUGAGAGGACUGCAGAAGGAUGACUCUGGGGAUUAUACUAUUGAAUCCAAAACGGGGAACGUUUUUAAACAUCAUCAUAAACUCACAGUUUACGGUAAGUUACAUUUACUUUGCUAGUUAACAGUCCAGUUUGUUGGUGGCACUAUUUUAUCAGCAUCUUAAGACUGUUUGGUACCAUAAAAUUCAUAUUUUACUCCAUAAUUUCAUUCAGCAUGAAACUCAGUUAUUUGAAACUCAUUCAGAUCAAAACAGAAUUUAUAGUUAUUUAUUGAUUUAUUACUUUGAUAGAUUGUUUCUGGUAACUGCUGCUGUUCCAUGGGUGUAAAAUAAACUUUUGAAUUCAUUUUUUUAACAGGAGCGAAUCUUGGUUUUAAUUGUGGCGGUCAUGCAUUAAAAAGUUGGUCUGCAGAGACAAACAGCAUGAUUGUUUUAUGAUGGUUUGACAUUGAAAACUGAAGCAGUUCACAGCCUGUUUGCAGAAAGUGGCUUUUGAAGGCUUGAAAUGUCUUUACAAGUACAUUUGUCAGCAUCAGUAUAGAGACAGGAUGGUUUUAAAAAGUUUUAUAGAAACCCUAAUGCUGUGCAAAAUGUUUUUUCUGGAAGAGUUCAACUUUUUAAAGUGCCUUUAAUAUGAUAAUCCAUGCUUUCCUCUUGAUUUCUGUGAGAUCCCUUAAAACAGGCCCAUUGACUCAGGAUUUCCUUCUUCUGGGACAUCCUGAGCCCACUGUAACCGAUACCCUGAUGUACCAAAGACCUAAGACUAGGUCCAGACUAUAGGGGUUUAGAAAGAUUUUGAGUAUAAAGACAAAUAUAAGGAGAAACUUUAUAUAUUCUAAUGCCAGAGGGAGGCUGAGUUGAAACUUGACUUCAUGUCCUGGAUGAACCAUCUGUUCAGAGUUUCAAAUUUAUCAUGAAUCAGGCCAAAACAGUUCAGACAGUUUUUAUGCAAACUGCUGCUGCUGCAUAUUUGCACAACUAACAGUUCUGGUCUUAUUUAAAGACACAAAGAGGAGAAUUCAGCUAAUUUCAACAUAGUGAUUUAUGCAAAUAGUUUUAACAGAUCUCUAAAUUUGAUCCCCAUGUAAACAUCUUUGAACUGUAGAAGAUUAACUAUGUCCUGACCAGUCUUUGUUAGGGUUAAUUACAGACACAUUUAAGGUUUUCUGGUGAAUCUGUGAAGUUUUUAGGGGAUGAUAUAGACACCAGCAGAUCUGACACCAGUUUCCCAACCUCGAUCUCUUACUUCUCUCCUGAAGUUUAACGCUCCGUUUGACUUCCUCAUUUUUAGCUGUCAACCACCAUGAUAGACUGAUGGUGUGAAAAGAUAAGUGGUCGAUAGAGAGAUAAUUUAAAGAGGAAACGAGUGUAAAACGGCUCAGACUGUAAAAGUCUUUAUUUUCUCAUCACCUUGAGCAGAAACAGGAACAUAAGAAAGGCCAGCAUGACAACAUGGUCUGUGUAGAGCUCCUGUGGGUUUCAUAUCUUGUCAUUUUAAUUUUUCUAAUACUUGAUGACUUUGAAUAAGAACACUGUCUUUAAUUUAAAGAAAUCAAGAAAGAAAUCAAUGACUUGUUUAAUACAAAGACUGUGAAAGAAAGUGGUAUUAGGGCUGCACGAUUUUGGCCAAAAAUAAAAUACAGAUUUUUUUCUAUGAAAAGACGAUUUUUGAUUUUGAUUUUUUUUUUCAGUGACAACUUCACCAAACUUCACUUUUAUAAUAAGUUUUUCUUUCAUUUCCUUUAAACGAAACCACUAAAAGCGAUGUAGUGCAUAUGUCGAAUCAGUAAGUGGCGCUGUAACGCUGCACAGGAAAUACACAAAAGAAAGAAGAAGAGUACAGAGCAAGUGUAUAAAGGUUGUUUUGACCGAAUACGGAGUUGAAAUGGUAGUUGUUUACGGAUUUAUGCACUCUCUGACCCGUUUUUAAAAAGUAACUAUUUACCAUUGACAGACUUUGCAGCAGCGAGUGGUUUGUGAAGUGGUCUGUGUCUGUGAAGCCGUAGUAAUUCCACAUGACUGACUUGUUCUUGUCCUCUUUAGCCACAAAAUUAUGGCCCUUUUUUCUGCAAACUCCAUGACUUUUUACAUUUGUUUGUGUGGAAACUGUAGAGUGCUCCAUCAGGAUGGGGGGAGCCUACGGUGGCCUGGAGGCGCGAGACACGGUAGAGAGGAAAAUCGAUUUGAUGAUUUUAAUUUUUUUAACAUCAUCAUAAUCAAAUAAUCAGAUUAAGAUUUAAAAUCAACUAAUCGUGCUGUCCUUGGAGGUAUAUAUAUAAAUAUAAAUUUUAGUUUAUUCAUUACCUGCUGCGUCACAUGUUUAAUAAUUUGGUAGACAAACAAAAGUUCAGCCUCACUUCCCCUCUCGAUAUUGUUUACUUCACUUAUCUGUUGUUACCGUUGAUACAUUUAACUACUUCUCACAUUGAUGGAAAAACUAAUAAACUGUUUAUGGCCUAUGCGUCCGUUUCUGCUAAAGUCAGGUUUAUUUAUGGGUCAGAGCUUCAGUGUGAGAAUAAUCCUCAAUUUAUCUUCUGUGGACAUCUUAUCUUUGAUCUGUUGUUUAUUGUGUUCUUUGUUUUGUAAAUAGUCUAUCUGUCAAAAACAAUGUUGAUUAUUAAAAAAGAAACAUGGGAAUUUCACGAGGAAGAGAAGUUGAUAAGAUCCUGGACACAAAGUGAAUUUACAGAUUUGUACGUCUUUAUCAUGUUACACCGGGUCAGAAAAUCAGUAUCAGUGCAGACCUGCGCUUAUAAGGUCCAGUAACGCACCACGCUUAGAGACUUUAUAUCCCAUUUACAAGGGACGACCUUAAAAUGAAAUGCAAACCAAGUGUGUACAGAGAGGAUGUGGGAGGCUCUGGAAAUAAAAUAAAAAAAAAAACUGAAACUAUGCUGCUCUGAAAGUGAUGGAUGAAGGGGAGGCGAGCAUACGAGGGCAGUUCGCUGUCCGGCUGAUUAGAUAUGGAAUGGGAAACAAGGGGAAGUCCAAGGCCUCGGAAAAUGAUCCGACAACCUCCUCACUUAAAAAUCUGCCUCUUUUUGUUGCUUUCUCACCUCUGGGGCUCAUUACACAGUGUAACCAUGAGGUAUUCAUUUUGAUUAGUGACAAUAUUUUUUUUGCUCAUUCACUGAAAGUACUUUAACCUGUUUGAUACAAAAAACAAAAAAAAAAGGUUGAACUGAUAAACAAAACGAAAUCAACGAUCCCUGCACCUGUUUAAACAACAUGUUUUACAGCAGUAGUCAUAAAAGAUCCAUCUACCUGUGACGGCAGGUGGUACUCAUCCAUUAUCUUCACACAGAUACACAUUUCUUGAUUGUUAAAGGGUGUGUUAUUUUUAGCCUCAAGCAGCUUUUUAGAAAAAAAAAAUACUUUGAUAGUUUUAAUAAAAAAGUGUUUUCAAAGACUAAAAGUGACAUCAGUCAGCUCUCUAACAAGUAUCUCAGAACCAGAAUCAGAAUCAGCUUUACUGACCAAGUAUGUGUACACAUACAAGGAAUUUGACUCCGGUGAACUUUACUCUCUAUCUACAAACAUGAAACAUGAAAUACUGCAAAAAUUAAAAAUAUGUACAACAUAAACAAGACAUUUAACUUAUGUAUACAAAACAGGAGUGCAACAGUGCAAUGAUGAGGAGUGCAGUGGAGUGGGGGGUGGUUAUGAUGGUCCGGGUGCUGGACGUGAACCCCGGUGAUCAUCGACCGGCACCAUGAGCAGGGCCAGUUUGUGUUGUUUGGAUUUGUGUGUAGGUCAGUGCAGUGUCGAGGUGUAGCAGGAUUAGUGCAGUCUCAUGUUUACUGCAUCAUCCACCAACCUGUUUGCAUAAUAGGCAAAGUGCAUGAUAGGCCUGUGAUGUCCUUCAGGCGGCUCGAUACCAGUCUCUUAAAGGUUUUCAUAAGCACAGACGUCAGGACGACAGGCCUGUGAUCAAUUUACCUUAUGAUGGAGGUUUGACGGUGGAGUGUUUAAAGCAGGAGAGGACUUUGCACUGCUCCAGAGAUCUGUUAAGGAUCUGAGUAAAGACGAGGCCAGCUGGUCAGCACAGACUCUCAGGCAAGAGCUGCCUGACUCUGAAAGAGCUGACACAACUCCUCUUCAUCUAUCCUUAAGGCUGGUGGGGGGGAGUCUUUAAAGUUAAAGUUCUUUAAAGGACUUUGGUCACUAAAAUAAAGAACAGUUGUCAACUUUCUGACAUGUGACAAAAAGCUGAAAAUGUUGAGGCUUCAUAAAAGGAGGAUUUAUGGCAGAGCAACAGUACAGGAGAGGAUAAUGUGAUAUAUGAUCUGCGUACAAUUGUCAACAUACCAAAUGAUACUGUGGAGAUUUUAGAAACCACCAGCUGUUGUGGUCUGGCACAGUCAGUGGAAAAGAGCCCUGGAGUUGAGGAAUAAGCUCAUGAUUUCAUCUUGUAAGACUAAGCUGGUAAAAUUCCUAACAUGACUAAAUCACUCUGACCAGUUUGGAGUGGCCUAUUGGGCAACGAUUGACGCUCGGCCCCUGGAGGGACUGGAGGUUGACCUGCUGUCAGAAGUUGAAACACCCAUCUGUUCUCUUCCUUCUGCACUGGAAAGAGGCUCUGAGUUCACUGGAGGGACUUUAUGUCGAGGUCAAGGGACACCAGAGGGGUCUAAUAAAAAGGGGGAGAUAUCUGGGUCACAGAGUGUUGAGGGGAGAAGUUGCAUCAAACUUUAUUUCAAAAUCAUGAUGGAAAAUAAGAAGCUCAUGACAUGUUUUACGUCACACUUCCUGUAAUGUAACCACUGCACAUGCUCAUGUCACAGAGACAAUAGGGCGUAUUUAGUUCUUGCAGAAACAUUUUGGUUUGAUCCAUGAACCUAAAAUUAGGACACAGCAUCAUCAGAUCUGAACAACAUGCACGCACAUGCUUCACUUUUGCACAAAGAUUACUUGCAGAUUAUUUGGUCACACCUCUGUUUCAACAGCAGCUAAUAAUAAUUUGUGGAGUGAUUCAGCUGAGGAAAAGCUAGGGAAUAGACUGACUAAACAACGAAGCCAAUCCAAUGAAAUAUGUGACACGUCUCUGUGAAAUAGAAACCAAAUAUCUCUGCAUUUGAUGGCACACCAAAGAGGUUCAUGAUGUUGAUCCAGCCAACAGUGUUUUCUCUUUGACUCAUAUUUUAAGGCUGGAAAGUGAUGCUCCGAUUGGUGCAUGUAAAUGUUGAUUCAAUGGUUUAAUUUUGUUUUCUUGUCUCCCUUUUUCAGAGCCUGUAUCAACCCCAGUUGUGACAUGGCUGAACGUGAGCACCAAGAACUGCACCUUCCUUUGUUCUGUGAAUAAAACUGAUGAUACAACUCUGCUGUGGUACAAAGACCAGAAAAUAUUGAACAACAGCAGCUCAGAAUUCUCUCUGUCAAUCACUGUUGAUAUUACUUCAUCAUAUAAGUGUGUGGCAAAAAGCCCUGCUGAAAUAAAAACAGCUGAUGUUGAUCCUAAGAAAUACUGCAUACAACCAGAAGAGAAAGAUUCUUCAGGUGGCAGACACUGUAAGACUUAAUUUAACCCUUAAUUUUGAACACAUUUCUCAUGUACUCACAUUCUCGUUUUCUGUCGUUUUUUUUGUAGUUUCCUAAAAAUGUCUGUUUUAUUUCCACAGAUAUAUGGCCCAUCAUUCUUACGGUUGUUGUGCUCGUCUCAAUCAUUGCAUGUUGGCUUUUCUGCAAACAAAGGGCAGCCAGAGAGACACAAGGCAGGUAUUUAUCUUAUUAAUCUGAAUCCUGAAAACAUGUUUAAAUAAGGACUUAAGUUCUGCAAUAUGUAUCAUUGUAAAUGUAGCCAAGAGAACUAAUACGGUGAUCUAAGUGAAUAUUUCAUUCUUACUGGCUGCAGAGUAUCUGUAACCUGAUGAUGGACCAUUUUAAACCUGCAGUGAAAAGCAUUUCCAUUACAUUUUAAUCUGUCGCCACGCAUUAAUUCAGCGCACAAGGCCUCCUUUGCAAAUAAGCCUCUUUGUAAACUUGGACAUCCUGCUCCAGCGUCAUAGACCGCUCAAAGCCAAAGGGAUGUCAUGCAUUUGUUUCUGAAGCAGACCUUUGACGCCCAUUGGUGGCAGUCGCCAUACUGGAAAAUGCUGACUUAACUUUCCCUAAACCUACUCAGGCGAGCCAAACUCCGACCAGCAACAUCUCAUUGGGAAAAAAGUUAACACAAAUUCCUUCCCUGGACUGUGUGUGUUGUUGAAAAUUCAUAACCAGACUUUAAAUAUGUUUACUUUUCCUGCAAAGAUGGGCUUUUUUGAAUGAAGUGUGUGUGUGGUUUUUGGGGCUUCUUCAGCCAGCCUCUAGUGGGCAUUUUAGGAACUGCAGGUUUUUCUGUGCACUUCGGCAGCAUCUACAUUUCUCAGGCCAGAGAAACUUGUGUUUAGUUUAGUUUUGUUUGUUUGUCUGCUGUUAAUACGUUUUUGAUCGGGGGCAGGGAGAGGUGAACGGUAUAAAGGAAUCAAAGUUGUGGUCGUAGUGCUGGCAAGAAUUUUAAACUACUUCUCACCCCUGGAUGCCGUGCAGGAGGUGAAAUUACAUCACUUAUAAUCUGAUCAGAAUCAGGGAAAUGGUCAAGUGAGAGUAAAAAUGGCUCAUAAGCUUUCUGAUCCAAAUAAAACCAUCAAUCUCCUUGGAGGUUUGAGUUGGAGGUGGUUAACUCCCUGGGAGCGCAAAAAGAGAGCCCUUUGGGAGGUUUGUUAUAUGAAAAACAAGAUCACGUAAGCUGCCAUCCACAUGACUGAUGCUUUACCUCAAACUCAUUUUUUGUUUUCUGCUGCAGUGAAGCUGCACCACAGUAUACAGUCAGCAUCUUGAUCAUAUAAACACAAAAUCAGGAUAGAUCAUACUCCUCUCUGAGAAAUUUUAACCAAACAGCAAAAGGUUAUCACACAAAAUCCACCUUUUCGUGUUUGUAGAAAUGCUGAAGCGGUCAUGUUAUUGGAAAUGCUGACUCAGCUUAUGUUAAUGGAAAGAGGGUUUGCAAAAUAAAGGUCUCUUUGAAGCUCUGUAAAUGAUGAGAUUUUAUCCUACCUAUACCUGCAUCAAUGCCUGCAGUCAUGCUCAUAGGAUAAAAAGACACCUGAGUCAUGCAGCCUCAGGGUCUGACAGGCAAAUAGAUGGAAAUGUUUGUGGUUGUUGAUGUAAAUGGACCUCAUAGAUCACAUGACAUCAUUUGGUUGACUGAAGGUCAUUAAAAUAGCUUCUAGGUGUUGUCAGGUACUUUCUGAGUACAUUAGCUCUAUGGGGUAUCGAUUUACCUUUGGGAUUCUAGUCAGGCAAAACAAAGAGAGACAAUCUUUUAUUCAUCAAUCAAUCUCUCCUCAUUGCAUUUAGAAAAUGGAGGACUGAGUUUUUUGAAAAGACGCAGGUGUGGCCGACAAAGGCGAACGAUCCGCAGCGACCAGAACGAUCUUCAUGAGGAGAAAUGCACUUCCACUGCAGCAAUGACACGACUUCAAAAACACAUGCAACAGUACAAAACAAAAGCAACGCUGAAAAUAUUAAGUUACCUAGAGAGUGGAAAGGGCUGCUAUUACGGCUCAUUUAUGCUCACCAUACACAUGAAAAUAUAGGCGUCUGUUUCACUGCCCACAUACUUCCAUGUGUCCUUUAUGUUGGCAUGGAUGUUAACCAUUACAUCCACCAGGGGGCAGGCCAGAGUCAAAUGUUUCUGACAACAACAAACGAAAAGAAACACGGCAGCUGUGGAGGAGCUAGUGAUAAUUUGUAUUUUGCAUAGGGUACAGAAACAGAGGCAGCGUUGGGGGAUGGGGUACUCGGUCAUGCCACUGAACGCGGUUGGAGGAUGGAGAAUUCUUUUCUCUAGUCGUACCGAUGAGAGAAAUUGAAGGCCAUCCUCAAAAAGCCCCGCCAUUGUCUUCUUCGUUUCUCUGUAGAGAUGCAUAUCUGGUAGUAACAGCAGCAACACUGCCCCCCAUGGUUUCUGGUGAUACUGCUCCGUCUGGCCUGUAUCCAAACUUCAAGGAUACGAGCAGAAAUACUGAGGAAAAGAACGCGAAGCACGGAUGGAAAGCACCGUCUGUGUGCAGAUCCGUAUGUAACGUUGACCAUAAAUGAGCCUAUUUCAUAAAUGAUACCAAUGAGGUAGGAAACCCCUUAAACCCCCAACUAAACUAAACUAUGAAACGGCCUUUAGAGAGUUGAAAAGAGUGUCGACUCCACAGCCAUUGCACAGGCUACUUUACAUUUAUAAUCUUUACAGCUCUUGAAAUGUGACCACAUGAAAGAGGCGAACAGUGUUGAGCAGCUGUUCUAUCGAAAAAAAUUGCAAGACACGCUCUUCAUAGACUCCAGUCAAGCUUUGAUAUGCAACCAGUGAAGCCAUAAACUGAGAGAGAACUAAGAAACUGAAAGUCAAAAUGGUUUUUAAUUAGACAUACUUACAGGAGUGGAAGUCUGAUUCGUGUGUUCUGCAUGUGCAAAAAUAAGGUUUUAGCAGUUCCUGCAGUUUUCCUGUUGCAUCAUCAAUAUCAUUCUCUCCAAUCAGCUUCAUCACAAGAGUUAUGAAACUUCUCCAUUUGCAGAUUUCUCUUGCAUGAGUUAAUAAACUGUGAGCUUGAUGUGUUCAGGCUUGUUCUCCAUCGGUUGUAUGAGCGGGAUGAAUAGGCCCUGCAAGCAGUUCAUUUAAACAAGGUUCAAAGUGAAUGAACUGUGUGCACACCUGGAGAUGGUAGAAAAUCAAAAACAAAGGUCUGACUCUCCCCCCUGACAAAAGAACAUUGAAAUCCUCACACAGAAUAGAUUGAUUGAUUGUUUAAUUUUCAAAUGGGGUUGUAUGAGGGAGUGGUCAAUAGUAGGAGUAAUAUUGUCCUGCAAGUGUGUUAUUUUACCUUUCUACUCAUCAGAGCAGCUCACAUAUCACUGAAACAUAUUUCUUGCGAUGAGAAGGGGCCCUGUUGGGGUUUUAGGUUUUACACAUGAACCGGUAUGAGCUGUCAGUGAGAACAGGAUGUACACACUGAGAUGUUGGCUUUGUGGUUCUUCACACAGGGUUUUUUAAGCACGUACAGCAGCCUCUGAAAGAUUAUACGAGGUAGAUGUAAACCAAGAGCUGUACUUUAUUGUCUCACGACAAUCUAAAAUAAACAGAGGCAGCUGCACAACAGCUUCUUGUUUCUCCAGAAUGAAAACGGGAAGUUAGACAAAUAUUUAUCAUGUAGGAAGUCACGUAUGACGUCCAAUAAAAAUAAAAAAAACAAUGUUAAAAAACUGUUUCCUUCUCCUUUUGAUGGCAGACGUGACAGAGCCUGACGUUUGUCCUAUAAAAAUCACGCUUUUAUUAUCGGGAACUUAAGACCUGCAUGAUGGGAGAAAAACAUAAAACCGUCAACUAGCCCCGAGGUGUCAAUAAUGAGCGGAUAGACAUUGCCGCACUUAGAGGCUCGGUAUGUAAAAUCUGUUUGUCUUUCUGCUUAGAUGAAAACAUUGUUAGAGACAGAACAAGUGUGUCUACAACUGUGGAAAAAAAAUCAUGCAUGUGGAGUGUAAAUUGUGGCCUGGAGGAUUGGGAAACAGAACAUUUUCAGACAAUUUGGUUCAACUUCUACCACUCUAGCCGAUGAUGUGAUCCACUCUCAAAAUUUCUCCAAAAACGAUCAUGGACAUUAAAAAGUGAUUAAUCAAAAACAACAUAACGUAUCAAAAUGUUGAUUAAUACACCAAUAGACAAGACCCGUGUCUACAUUUUAACAUUUAAUUGGAGUCUCUAGGUGAAAGUAUGCCAGAGCAGUAGACACUUGAAAAACGACAGUAAUUGCUCCUUUUUUGGCUUUUCUCGUUGACUUCAGUGCAAAAUCUUCCCCAUGUGUCAGCUGAUGGUCUGAUGUUGGCAGACAGGGCACCAAGGCCACUCUUGAUCAGAUGGUCUAUAUUUUGAAAGUUGUUGUUCUGUAUCAGGCCAAGUGGAAGCAUGUGACUCAAAAAUAAAACGGGCCCUAAAGCUAAAUCUUGUGACACACCACAGGAAACGUUUGAUGUUGAGAGUUUAUUUUGGAGUUUCCUCUGUUUCUAAUGCAAGGAAAUGUUGAAAUCUCUUCUUUUUUUUUCAUUAAAACACCAAACGGAGAAACAAGAGUGGAAAUGACAAAGUUAAUAGUCUUCAUUCACACUUGCUUUCACUCUUUUUUGGUCAAACUAUGUUGUACAAGCUGCACUCUUGUCAAGGUCGGGGCAGUUUGAUUUGGGUGUAACUGCAGAGAUAUAAACACGGCCUGACAGGAAUUCGAUUUUGUCGGGGAAAUGAGAGGAAACAGAACUUCUUGUUUACCAGAGUGGACUGCUCGCUCAUCAAAAUGGAAUUCUGUGUAGUUUCCUGUAAAAGCUCUUAGACACUUAGUCGACUGUGGGGGAUGGUAAGCUCGAGGCCUCAGCUUUGAAAACCGAUCGGACUCACUGUUUGAGUCUAGAUAUGAUUACAGUCAUCGCCUCCUGACUCUGAGAGGAGUGUAUGAUGGAUGCAGAUGAAGUCACCAUUCAGAUAUCUAUUACACACGAACAAAAGCGUAUCAAAUCACGCCUUGUUUUUUUUCUUUCUCAGUUUUUGCCGAUCUGCUUUGAAAAUUUUUUGGGGAUUUUUGUCUUUUUUGUGUCCUUACCUCCCUGAUUUUGUACAGAUGGAAACAAUUAAACUGUUCGAUUUUCAGUCCUGAUCCUACAUCACAUCUCUAAUUUUGUGUAUCUCUGCAGGUUCAGAGAGCAGAGACUCUGAUGUCAUCUACACAGAUGUGCGUAUAGCUGAAGACAUACGUGCUCAGGUUGGUAUGAUACCUCACAUUCACCCUGGGUAAUCAUUGACUGUAAGCUGCCGUUUCUAAGUAAUGCAACAAAAGCCCCAGUGUUCAGUUGAACCUCCCACUAAGUACAUACGCCAUUUACACUGUACUCACUUAGGCUUUUCCACUGGCGCCAAGCAUCCCCCUUAAUGUGUCUGUUGUUAUCUGGUUGACUGGAAACCAGCUGCAUGCAAACCAUGUAAUCAGCCUACUAAGUAACCAGACACAGCAAUAAAAUCAAAUACACAUUAAUCCGAAGGUCAUGGAUGAAAACAGACAUCCCAGGAAAGAAAGAGGCUCUGAACAUGUCCAAAACUUUGCAGAGAAUCAGCACAUUAAGAGUUUAUUGUAAAAUCAAAGUAUAUUUUUGUGCUUUUAAAAUGCAAUGUGAACAGGAGCUGCUAAGAGCUUGCACACCAUGACUCUAUCAGGUUAAAUUCGCCAAACUGUUGGACGAAAAAUCUUCUAAGUUGUGUUUUAUUGAGGAGUGAGAUGGUGUUUGCAUUAUUCAUUUUGAUUUUUUUUUUCUUACUGGUACAACAAGUGUCAACAUUAUGCCAACCUGAACCUCAACAAAAAUCAUUGCAUCCAACUGCUAUCCAAAACCUUGCUCUCUGACAGGCAAAACUCUGUUCAUUAUUUUCACUGAGAUCUGGAUCUACUUAGCGCCCCCUGCAGGGAUGGAGACUUAUGAUGACUGCAUUUGUGGCUUUUUUCUGUUGCAUUGUUCGUCUUUGAGUUUGUGUUUGCAACAUGUUUGGUGUUAAUGCAUAUUCCUGCUUUUUUCAGUGAUUUUUUGUUUUGUAUUGUUUUGUUUUUUUGGAGCAUGUUUCCAAUGAUUUUUUUUUUGUCUUUCUGGUGGUGCAACUUCUGCGGCUGCGUUUCUAAACUUGCAGCAGCAAUCUCCCUGUAAUUUCGUUGUAAAUUUUGGUAUUUUUUCAUGCUCACCACAUGCUCAGGGAAAUAUGCAGAGACUCAAGGAUGCCAAAUGGGGUUAGGCAGGGACACAGGGAUCAGGAAAACGAAGCAGAAAUCAGGUUAUCGGUCAGCAUGAAAUGAGGUUAAUGGAAACCAUCCAGAAUGACAGGAAGCUGUCAUGCUGUAGGCAAUGCGGUAAUGAGAUAAGUAGACUGAUGCAGGAAAUGAGACACAGAUGGAAGAUAAUAAGAGGAAGAGUCAGGAUGGAGAUAAUGACAGAGCUAAGUAUAUUACAGGAAGAGUCAGAGCAAGAACACACCCACAUCGAUUAGCUGCAGCAAUCAUGAAAUCACAGUUUCGCAACAAACACACAUUUCUCUUUUUUUCCUGUAAAGUCUGUAAAUAAUAGGUGCUCUAAACCUGCAUGCCAAAAAGUUAUGAUGUAUGAAAAGUAAAUCUUGUAAAUCUUCAUAUUGCAAUGUAUAAAGAUUGAUAUUUAUAACACUGCACUAAUUAUAUGUCAACUUUUAUCAUUUAGUUCAUGAUUUUAGGAUCUUCCUCUGGAGCUACAGUCUGAGUUUCAUCUAAAUAAAAAUCUCCUUUUCACUAUUUUGUUUUUGUUCCUCCAGCAAAGAAACCACCAUCAAGAGAGUUCCAGCCUAACUACAGUGUAUGACAAGCUUCAGGCACACCGGAUCAGUCCUCCAGACGCAGCAGACUGUUAA